UUAAGAAGAUGGACACAGAAAAUUGUUCCUCUGUGACAGAAUUCAUUUUACUGGGAAUUACCAAUAAUCUUGAGAAAAGGAUAAUCCUAUUUACCGUUUUCCUGUUUGUUUAUCUCAUUAGUCUUCUGGCAAACCUUGGCAUGAUUAUCCUAAUCCGAAUGGAUUCUAAGCUGCACACUCCAAUGUACUUCUUCCUCAGCCACCUCUCUUUCUCCGACCUCUGCUAUUCCACAGCUGUGGGGCCCAAGAUGCUGGUGGAUGUCUUUGCCAAGAACAGAUCAAUCCCCUUCUUUGGCUGUGUCCUGCAAUUUUUCAUAUUCUGUAUCUGCACAGAUGCUGAGUGUCUACUGCUGGCCGUGAUGGCCUUUGACAGGUACAAGGCCAUUAGCAACCCCUUGCUCUACACAGCCAACAUGAACAGCAGGGUGUGUUACCUGCUCAUGGCUGGGGCUUACCUGGUGGGACUGACAGAUGCUUUAGUCCACACAACAUUAACAUUCCGCCUGUGUUUCUGUGGGUCUAAUGAGAUCAACCACUUCUUCUGCGAUGUCCCUCCUCUCUUGUUAAUAUCUUGCUCAGAUACGCAAGUCAAUGAGCUAGCAAUCUUCACUGUGUUUGGCUUCAUUGAAUUAACUACCAUCUCAGGAGUUCUUGUCUCUUACUGUUACAUUAUUCUCUCAGUCUUGAAGAUCAGCUCUACUGAGGGAAGGUUCAAAGCCUUCACCACCUGCACCUCCCACCUCACAGCAGUUACCAUCUUCCAGGGAACGAUGCUCUUCAUGUAUUUCAGACCAAGUUCUGCCUACUCCCUAGAUCAAGACAAAAUGACCUCAUUGUUUUAUACGCUUGUGAUUCCCAUGUUCAACCCUUUGAUUUACAGUCUCAGGAACAAGGAUGUAAAAGAUGCCUUGGUCAAACUGAAAAGUAAAAUGUGGUUUCAAAUAUAG